AUGGCCACCAAAAUCAAAAAACUUAAAGAAAAAUUUACUGCACGCCGAGUGGCAGUAUCAUCACUUGAAACAAUCGAGGCAUUUGUCGAAGCCUAUGAAGAGGAACGUGAUUUCCAUCAAGUGCCCGUGUGGUUAGAUUUGGUCGAUCAGUUGUUUCGGGAAUACACCAAAGUCCAGUCCGAAAUAGAAAAACUGGAUAAUGGUGAUGCUCCACUGGUCAAACAUCUGCAGGAAAGAAGAAACUUUGAGUCUCGUUAUUGCGCUGCGAAAGGGUGGUUGAUGAAUAAAAAGAUGGCCGAUAUGGAUUCAACAACUGAGCCAGCAGUGUUGCACAAUCCACCGCAGCCUUCCAGUUUCCAUUUGCGUCUCCCGAAAAUCGACUUGCCAAAAUUCGAUGGAGACUAUUCCCGGUGGUUGGGAUUUAGAGAUACGUUUAAAUCGAUGGUUCACGACGUACCAGAAAUUCCGUUAGUUGCCAAACUACAAUUCCUGCUUCAAUCACUGGAAGGUGAGGCUCGAAAGCCUUACGAAACUGUCGAUAUCGAGGCUGCUAACUAUGUCUCCACCUGGGAGGCUCUGCUUACAAGAUACGACAAUAAACGUUUUCUCAAAAAACAGCUGUUCAGGGCCCUGCACGAUUUGUCUCCGGUGAAAAAAGAAUCCGUUCAAGAUCUUCAUAAUCUUAUCGACGAUUUCCAGCGUCACGUCAAGGCUUUAGCCAAGUUGGGUGAAGCAGUUGAAACAUGGGAUACCCCGCUGAUAUGUAUGCUCUCCUACAAACUCGAUCCAUCGACCCUGCGCGCAUGGGAGGAGCAUGCUGCUAAGCUUGACACCGUUAGUUAUAAUACGUUAGUGGAGUUUCUCUAUCAACACGUUCGCAUCCUGCAGACAGUUUCUUCAGAAAUCCACCACCGCACCCAGGUGGCACCGGUCAAGGUGGCCGGUUCUAAUAUGUAUUCCAAGAAGCCAGUUCCAAAAACGAUAGCCAACGCAGCAGUUGCCACGUCGCGCUCAAGCCCACCUGCUUGUUAUGCUUGCCCGGAGAAACAUCUACUAUUUCAGUGUCCAACAUUUCAGUCCUACACGGUAGCACAAAGGCGUGAGGUAACAUCGCAGAAGAAACUCUGUUGGAAUUGUUUUAGACCGUCGCAUAUUGCUCGGAAUUGCGAUGCAAGGUUCACCUGCCGUCAUUGUCAUGAACGGCAUCACACUCUGCUGCACCAGGUUGCAGCGCCAUCUCCUCCUUCCAAAGGAACAUCCAGUUUUGCAGUGCAGCAGUCUGUUGCUCCCACGAUGCAACCAUCAUCAAGUAGCUCAACGGAAGUCAGCAUGGCAGCACAGGGCGGCUCGUUUAGUACAGUUUUCCUAGCCACGGUCGCAAUUUGGAUCGAAGACCGUUUUGGUAACCAACACGCUGCUAGAGCAUUGAUCGAUUCCGGUUCACAAUCAAACUUUAUAUCGAAGAAGUUGGCACGAUGUUUGUGUUUGCCAUCUGAAAAAGUUAGUAUUCCCAUUUCCGGUAUUGGAGAGUCAACCGUAACGGCAACACAAUCGAUUAUUUCCACAAUCCACUCCAAGAACAGAAAUUUCUCUAGCAAACUACAAUUUCUAGUUCUCCCAACACCAACAGCACAACUUCCUACCGCAGAUGUAGACGUUACUUCCUGGAAGAUUCCUGCAAAUGUCCCGCUAGCUGAUCCCAAGUUCAAUGUGUCCGGAAGUAUCGACGUCCUACUUGGUAUUGACCAAUUCCACGAGUACCUGAAAGAUGGUAAAAUAAUCCUUGGCGAAGGAUCCCCAGUGUUAAUAGAAACAGUUUUUGGUUGGGCAGUCAUUGGCCGGUGGUACGGCGAAACUGCACCUGCCUCUCCUGUCUGUCACACGGCUAUCGGCAGACAUACGUUAGAGUCGGCAUUAGAAAGGUUCUGGGAGCUGGAGACCUUGGAAUCCGAACGUAUACUUUCCUCGGAAGAAGCUUAUUGCGAAGCAUUCUACGAGUCAACGAUCGACCGCAACGCUAGUGGGCGCUAUGUUGUCCGCUUACCGUGUACAGAAGACCCACAAGUGAAACUUGGUGAGUCCAGAAGCAUUGCUGAAAAACGUCUUCGCAGUCUAGAGCGUAGGCUGCUCCGAGAUGACACCACUAAAGCAGCGUACCACGAGUUUUUAGAUGAAUACCAGCAGCUCGGCCAUAUGAGGCAAAUUGUAAAUCCUCCUACAGAAACGGACACUAGCAACUAUCUUCCACACCACCCGGGUUUUAAAGCCACUAGCACGACGACAAAAACACGCGUCGUUUUUGAUGCAUCGUGUCGCACUACGUCGGGCCACUCACUAAAUGACAUUCUUCUUGUCGGGCCAGUAGUGCAAGAGGAUUUGGUGUCCAUAGUUAUGCGCUUUAGGUCCAAACCAAUUGCGCUUGCGGCGGACAUUGAAAAAAUGUACCGCCAAAUUGAAAUUCAUCCUGAUGAUCAACAUCUUCAAAGAAUCCUUUGGCGAAAACAUCCGACGGACCCAAUCUCCACGUUCCAGCUUCAGACGAUAACGUAUGGGACCGCUUCAGCUCCGUUUCUCGCCACACGCACUCUUGUUCAACUUGCCAAGGACGAAGGCGAUAACUUUCCUCUGGCGAAGACGGCAUUACUGGAGGACUUUUACGUAGAUGACUUUAUUAGCGGUGCGGAUGACGUCGCGACUGCUAUACAAGUUCGUCACCAGAUCAGCUCGUUGCUCAAGGCCGCAGGCCUUACGUUAAGGAAGUGGGCGUCCAACUCGGCGGAUGUACUGACCGAUAUCCCCGAAACUGAUUUGGGAAUGCAGCCAUUCUACGACCUUUCAGACAGCCAAUCUGUCACCACCCUUGGACUGAUAUGGGAACCCGCUUCGGAUACUCUCCGCUUCAAGAUCCAGAUACCACUACCAGCAGUAGUACUUACGAGACGAAAUGUCCUUUCCUAUAUAGCCCAGAUUUACGAUCCGCUGGGUCUUAUAGGACCAGUAAUAUGCACCGCCAAACAGUUUAUGCAACGCAUAUGGGCACUAAAGUCAUCCGACGGCAACGUGUGCGGUUGGGACCAACCGCUUCCGGAAAAGAUGCAGCGUGAGUGGAGAGAGUUUCACGCAACUUUAGAGAUAUUGAGCGAAAUCCGAGUACCACGAUUUGUAUCAAUUACUGGGAAUUCCAACCUCCAAUUACAUUUUUUCUCCGAUGCCUCUGAGCAGGCAUAUGGCGCUUGUGUGUAUAUGCGGUCCGAAAGUGCUACUCAAGACGUCUGCAUCCAACUGCUGGCGGCCAAAUCGAAGGUCGCGCCUCUUAAAACUCGACACAGCAUUGCCCGCCUAGAGCUAUGCGGGGCGCGUUUGGCAGCUCAAUUGUUUAAGAAGGUAACUUUAUCGUUAAAACUACCUGCUAAUGCCUUUUUUUGGGUAGAUUCCAUGACAGUCUUGCAAUGGCUCAAAUCCCCACCGUCAUGUUGGAAGACGUUCGUGGGAAAUAGAGUGUCAAAAAUCCAGGAAACGACCGCUGGACAUCCAUGGAACCACGUGGCCGGAAAGGAUAACCCGGCAGAUGAAAUCUCACGUGGUCUCACACCAACGCAACUUUUACAAAAUUCGCGAUGGUGGACCGGUCCUGACUGGCUCCGGUUGAGCAGCAGCGAUUGGCCAAAGCAAUCUUUGGACAGCGAAGUGUUUUCAUCCAGCGAAGAACGUAAAAUAUCCCUUCCGGCCGUAGCAGCUCCGAGCAACUCAUUUGGUCGACAAUUAUUCGAGCGAUUUUCAUCUUAUGCUACCCUACGACGAACGGUGGCAUAUUGCAUGCGGUAUAUGCACAAAUUGCAUCAUCAUACCGCAAGUAGACGUCCUGAUGGUGCAUGUGCAGGGGCACCAACGUUACGGAGGGAAUCAUUGAAAUACCUCACUGCAUCUGAAUUGCAAGCUGCUGAAUUAUGUUUGUGUCGACUGUCUCAAGGCGACACCUUUCCUAAUGAGCUGAAAUCAUUACAACGUGGACAUUCGGUUGACAAGAAUUCGUCAAUGAAGUGGUUGCAACCCGAGGUUGCCAACGACGGCCUGAUUAGAGUUGGUGGCCGACUCAGGCACUCUGAAGUUUCCGAAGCGACAAAGCACCCGAUCAUCCUUUCUGGAAGACAUCGAUUGGCAUAUUUGUUGGCCGAUCAUUUUCACAAAAAAUUGCUACAUGCGGGACCGCAGCUGAUGAUGACAACCAUGAAGCAGAAAUAUUGGAUACUCAGCGGCAGAAAUUUACUUCGACAGGUGUAUCAUCAAUGCUUCACCUGUUUCCGUCGAAAGCCAGUACUCAUUCAACAAGCGACAGCGGACCUUCCAAGCUCCAGGGUAACACAAUCGCGUCCAUUCGCGGUGUCCGGUGUGGACUACUGCGGCCCAGUUUACUUACGCGGUGCUCAUCGGCGAGCUGGACCGGUGAAAGCGUACAUCGCUGUGUUUGUUUGUUUUUCCACCCGUGCCGUCCACUUGGAACUCGUUGGAGAUCUUUCGACGGUGGCCUUCCUUGCUGCCCUGAGAAGAUUCAUCGCCAGGCGUGGUAGAGUUCGAGAACUGCACUCGGAUAAUGCCACAAAUUUUAAGGGCGCGGCAAAUGUUUUACACGACAUAUAUAAAUUGCUAAAAUCCGACGAUAAGAGUCGUAAACUGUUAUUCGAUUGGUGUGCUAAUGAGGAAAUCAUAUGGAAAUUUAUUCCACCGCGCGCUCCUCACUUUGGGGGGUUGUGGGAGGCGGCGGUGAAAUCGGCGAAGACUCAGCUUCUCAAGCAAAUGGGAAAUACUGUUGCUACCCAAGACGAAAUGCAGACACUCCUCGCCCAGGUCGAAAUGUGUUUGAAUUCUCGGCCGCUUACUGAGUUGUCCAGCGAUCCGUCCGACGUAGAGGCCCUCACACCUGGUCAUUUUUUAACGGGAGAAAAUCUACAAGCGAUUCCAGAGCCAGACUUCAAAUUACGUCCAGACAACAGACUCACCCGUUGGCAGCUGAUGCAGAAAAGGCUCCAGACGAUUUGGUUGCGCUGGCAUACCGAAUACCUGCAGCAGUUACAAGCUCGGUCCUCGAGGGGACUUAGACCAUCCGUAGAUGUCCAGAUCGGUAGAUUAGUCAUCAUAAAGGACGACAACCUUCCUCCAGCGCAAUGGAUGCUGGGCCGCAUCACUAAACUUCAUCCUGGCCCAGACGGCAUUGUGCGUGUCGUAUCGCUUAGAACUGCAGGAUCCAAUGAUGUAAUUCGUCCGGUAGUCAAGAUAGCACUGCUACCGACACCAUCUUUCUCCAGAGACGACAGUGAAGCAGAGGUAACUGAAUAA